AUGGAAAGCCAACUGCAAUGGGUGGUAAACAAUGGACCGUGGAGUUUCGAUAACCAUCUACUCUUACUCCGAAGGUGGGAAAGAGGCAUGAUAGCAAAUUCAGUGACUUUCACACAUCUGCCAAUAUGGGUGCAAGUAUGGGGACUACCCUUCGACCUAUUCAGUGAAGAGGUGGGAACUGAUAUUGGCAAAGGAUUGGAUCCUAUGGUAGAAGUAGACUCAAAAGCGAUAGCCUCGGAUCAGUCUUGGUUCCUCCAAAUCCGUGUAGAGAUCCCAUUGGAUAAACCCAUCCAUAGAGGUAGCAAAGUUCAAGGCCUGGAAGGUGAUACGGUAUGGAUAGCCUUCAAAUAUGAGGGAUUGAUUGGUCUAUGCUUUAACUAUGGGAGGUUAAGCCAUGAAGCGAAACAUUGUAAAGAACCAAAGGAUGUGGAUGGGAAUGGGUGCCAGUAUGGAGAUUGGCUUAAAGGAGGCUUUCAGAAAGAGACUAACGGAGAGAAGAAUGAUCACUGCAGCCCACCUUGA